CACCGAAGGGGGUAGCCCUUCGGAGAAACCUGACACCCCCUCUCCGGAAAGAGCCGAAUCCGCGGUACUUCCGGAAAGAGCCGACGCUGCUCGGGGAGAGGCUCGGCAGUACUCGGAACUUUCCGGAGAGACCCGAGGAGCAGCCCAACUCAUCGAGCCGCCCCCUUUCCGGAAGAACCCGAAGCAGCUCCGGAAAGAGCCGACGCUGCUCGGGGAGAGGCUAGCCAGUACUCGGAACUUUCCGGAGAGACCCGAGGAGAAGCCCAACGCAUCCAGCCCGCCCCUUUUCCGGAAGAACCCGAAGCGGCUCCGGAAAGAGCCGAAAGCUUUUCCGGAAAGAGUCGAAGAGACGGGGGAAGACCCCCGGAACGAAUCGUUCUUCUUCCGGAAGAAGCCGAAGCGCGUUCAGCGCCAGCCCGAGCCCUCUCCGGAAAGCCCCGAAGGGCGCCGAACCCCCCCUCUCUCCUUCCGGACAGCCCCGAAGCAUUUCCGGAAGUUGCCGAGCGGCGCCGGCCGUCGCCGAUUCCCCCCCUUUCUCCCCCCCCCCCCCCCCCCCAUCGCCUCGGAACCGCCGCUGAUUCCCCCCCAGCUCCGGCUGCCGCCGCCGCCGCCUGUGCCGCCCCCCGCCCCCUCCAGCCCUCCGGGGGGGGCCCAGCCCGGCUCCCUCCGCCGCCGGGCCCGGCCCGGCCCCCGCCGCCCGGCCCCCGCCCGGUUCGGCCCGGGCAGGAUGAUCAAGCUCUUCUCCCUGAAGCAACAGAAGAAGGAGGAGGAAUCGGCGGGCGGCACCAAGGGCACCAGCAAAAAGGCCUCGGCCGCCCAGCUCCGUAUCCAGAAAGGUGACCGGGGGCCCGGGGACCCCCCGCCCCACCCGGUCGGUCAGGGCUACCCUCACGACCCACCGAAGGUGAAGUGUGAGACGAUGGUUUAUCACCCCAACAUCGACCUGGAGGGCAACGUCUGCCUCAACAUCCUCAGAGAGGACUGGAAGCCUGUCCUGACGAUAAACUCCAUCAUCUACGGCCUGCAGUACCUCUUCCUGGAGCCGAACCCCGAGGACCCCCUGAACAAGGAGGCGGCAGAGGUGCUGCAGAGCAACCGGCGCCUCUUCGAGCAGAACGUCCAGCGCUCGCUGCGGGGGGGCUACGUCGGUGCCACCUACUUCGAACGCUUGCCUCAAGUAGCCCCCCCCUCCCCCCCCCUCCCCCCUUCCCCCCCCUUCCCCCGCCCCCCCCUAUUUAUUGCCCCCCCGGGGGCGGGGGGGGGGGGGCCCCCCCCCUCCUUUUUCUGCCCCCCCCCCCCCCCCUUCCCUGGCCUGCGCUGCUCUUGUUGGGUGAUUAAAGGGCGACAGGUAACGAGCGGUGGUGAUCAAUCUGGGGGGGGGUUUACUGGUUAAACUGGGGGAUCUUAU